AUGAAGAAUGUUCAAUCGUUUCUACGAGCCUGUCAGAGCUCUCUGGCCUUCGCUGCCUGCGUCAAACACUCGCCCAGCCUAUCGCCAACGCCUCGCUACGAGCGUAACAUGGGCUUCUUUCAGCUGCUCAGCCGACGCUUUGGGCUGAGGUCAAGCGUUGACCUAGUUGAUGCAGCUGCACAGGAAGAGGAUGCACACAGUUCAUCGACCGAUUCGUAUUCAUCGGCUAGCCGCGGCUUAGCUGCAGCACGUUUAGAGUUGAUGUCCUGCGCCUCCAGCGAGACGAGCAGCACCAUUGACAUCGAGGAGCAGGAGCAACAGCAACACCAGCAGCAGCAGCAGCAGCGGCAGCAGCGGCAGCCGCAAGACAAGCGCAAAUCGUUGACUCGCACGAGCUUGUCCCGAAUGCAACGCCGGUCCACAUCGUCACUGCGACGCGCCUUUGAGAGUCUCUCGCUGACAUCUCGCUCGAUGUCGUGCAGCGGCCCCUCGCCACCCUCACAGCCACACCCACAACAUCAUCAGCAGCAGCAGCAGCCGCCAUUGCCACUGAAGUCCGCUCUGAAAUCGGCUUCAAAUGUCGAGCUGCAUCAGCGUCAGCACAAAACGGCCACCAAAUCAACGAGCAGCUCCAGCGCCUGCUCCACCUCAUCCACAUGCUCCGGCACACAAACGAAGCACAGCAAGUCGAAGCCGCCGCCACAGCGCAUUUUACGUCAGCCCGUCUCCUAUACAUAUCUAAAGGGCAUGUCCGGCCUGCCGACUCAGCGGGUGCCGCGCAGCUCCGUCUGCUGCCAAUACGCCCGGCGCUAGAAACCAGCCAAAAAUAGUUCAGUAUCUAUCGUUCAUAGCCAAUAGCAGUUGAUAGUAGUUCACAUAGCUCACAGAGUUCACACAGCUCACUUUACUAGAUAGUGCCAAAAGCCAUGCCCAUUCAUUUCGAAAAACUGUGAUACAAUUACCUUUCAUAUCCACAGCAGAUCACACGCUCAUUUCACCAAGAAAACCCAAAAGAAAAAUGCAUUUUC